GUCAAAUCAAAUGUCAAUGUAGUUCAAAAUCAAAAUAUUUCAACGGCUUUGUGUUGGAAAUUGGAAUUUAUUUAAAGUAAUAUUUUGCUUGGUGUAUUAUUUUUGUGAUUUGUAAUCAAGAUCGUAUAAUUUUUUAACCCUCAUGUCUCUAGUAGUCUAAAAUCAUGAAUGGAAACUCAGAAAACACUGCAAACAGUAGCAAGUUUGCUCCGAUGCCUAUGUCGGCGUUGUUAGCCAAUUUGAUGCCUCUGCAGAAACAAUCCGACAGUCCUGAUUCAAGUUUUACUUCUACCGACGAGAGCGAUAGCUCAUUCAGUGAAACCGUUGCAAAGAAACCAUCCCCAAAGCGAAACGUACACAAAGAGUUUCGAACACCCAAUCUGAAAGUGUCUAAGCCUGUUGACAUCAAAAGUUUUGCUUCCGAGAAGAAAGUGGUGAACUCCGAACACAACAAAGAAAAUUCGAACGACGACUGGAUCUCAAAUCAAACUUAUCCCAACAAAAACAGUCUUAAUAUAAACAGUGGAAAUAAAAAAGUUUUGAGCAAUGUUCAUCCUAGUUCAGAAGUAAAAAAGCGCAAUGUUUUAGUUCCAUAUAAUAGUAUCACUAAGGUGACGCAAACGAAAGUUAGUUCCGCCCAAAAAAAGACUCCAGAUAUAGUAAAAAAUCAGAGUAGCAAUGUGCUCAAAACCAAAACAGUAACUCCGAAAAUAAAGUCGGGCAUUCGAAAGUUCACUCCAGGCUCGGCGAAGACUAGCAAUAAGAAAACUCCUCAGAAACUCCUGCCACAGAACCGGGAUAGAGUGAGAUGUGAACUUUUUACACAAAAACCGACUAAAGAAGAGUCAUGUCCACCUCCACGACCAGAAGUGCCAGUGGUGCCUGCGCCUGUCCCUGAGACACCUCUGAACAGGAAGGCCUUGCCGGCAUCAUAUGCUGCAACGCCAUCUUAUCCGCAAGGUGCUAUUGGCAAUAAUAACUCUAAGAUAUUGUUCAAGACAACUAGUAUAAAAGACAAAAAGUAUUUGUUUAUAAAGAAAUUGGGCACAGGAGGCUCCAGUGAAGUUUAUAAGGUGUUAGAAGUAGGCACAUCAAGUGAGUAUGCAGUGAAGUGUGUGUACCUGGCUACGGACCAGGAACUGGCCCAGGGGUACAUCAACGAGGUGCGGCUGCUGCGAGACCUGCAGAACUCAGACAGGGUCAUACGACUCUUUGAUUUCGAGUACGACAGAACCAAUCAGCUGCUGCGGAUGGUGCUGGAGGUGGGGGAGACUGACCUGUCAUCAUUCCUGCGCGCGCGCGGCGCGGGGCUGCCGCCCGCGCUCGUGCUGCACUACUGGGAGGAGAUGCUGCACGCCGUGCACUAUAUACACGAGCAUGGCGUGAUCCACGCGGACCUAAAGCCGGCUAACUUCCUGCUGGUGUGCGGAAGACUGAAGCUGAUCGACUUUGGCAUCGCGUCCGCUAUCAGCAGCGACGCCACCAGCGUCGUCAGGUCCCAAGCGACAGGCACAUACUCGUACAUCAGCCCCGAGGCGCUGAUGGGCGGCGCGGGCGGCUACGGGGUCUCCGCGGGCGACGGCAACGCCCCUAUCAAGAUCUCUUUCCGCUCGGACGUGUGGUCGCUGGGCUGCAUCCUGUACAGCAUGGUGUACGGUCGCACCCCCUUCGGCCACAUCCCCAACUUGGCGAAGCUGGCCGCCAUCUUGGACCCCCACCACCGCAUCGACUACCCGCCCGUCGAGCACCUCCCUCCGUCACUGAUCGCGGCGCUGAAGUGGUGCCUCACGUACAAUGCGCGUGCGCGUCCGUCCGUGCACGAGCUGCUGGCCAUCGCCUACCUCAAGCCCGCCGUGACGUCACUGCCGCAGCCCUUGCUGGACAAACUGCAACCCCUCGUCACGCCGCAGGAGUUCCGGUUACUGCAGAAGGCGCAGGUGUAGCUGGUACAAAUGUGUAAUGUCUCGUGAAGACAAUUGAUGUACUGAUAUAGUUAAUUGGACCAAUCGCGAAUUGGACAUUUGAACUUUGGACCAAUCGCGCCUAAAGGAUUAUACCUACAAGACGGCAAUGCAAAAUUAAUAGCGUGUUGAUAAACCACAUAUUUUGCAAAUUUUCACAACACUGGAUGAUCUGAAAUGUUGACUUCGAGUGCGUUGGUGUUAUCUUACACGUUGAUGUCUAGCAUGCGCUUGCUUGUUUGCACUAUUAUGUAUUUUUGUAAGAUUUUAUAUCAUGCUAUUAUCACAGCAGAGUUGCUAACAGAGUUACGCUUUCUGAUUAUGCUCGAGUCCCAUUGUGAUUUAUAUAAAUACAUAAAGACGUCGAGGUAUUCAGAAACUUUAAUAGAUAUUAUGCAUUUCAGAAAUACAUGAAUGUAUAGAUUUCUGUAUUUUCUCGAAUAUUUUUUCAAUUGUCAAUGCCUUAUAAAUGAUACUGGGCAUCCUGUCGCGCUUGUAAAUAAUAUGAAUUGGUACUAAAAUAUGUUUUCUUUGCAAUAUUGGUGUAUGAGAUAGUCAUAUGUUUCGUUGUUGGUGCCAAAGUUUGACAGCCUGAAUUUUUGUAAAUAUUUGUAAAGAAGGACGCCAAAUUUGAUAAUUAGGAAUUCAGAAAAAUUCUUGCAUUUCCGUGAGUUUAUAGAUGUCUAAUUAGGAGCUAAAUAUCUUUAUAUUAGGUAAUUUUGUAAGUGACCUGUCAUUUACAAAAUUAAGUAAUAUAAAUAGAAUAUAAUAUAGAAAUAUGACUAGUUGACAGUAACAUUUAAAAAAAUCAAUACAAAAUAGUUUAACUUCAAAGUUUGAAUAUUGAAAAAAUAAUAUUGCGGAUAUAAUCGCAAUAAGAGAACAUCUCACAUUCUAAGCAAUUUUUAGGUAGGUAUAACAAUUAAUGUAUUUUAAAGAUUUAGUGUAAAUUAACAUAUAUUUGGUAUAAUUUAUUACAAUGAAUCUAUAAAUAUAAUGGAAUAUAAUAA